CCGCAGGGGCAGGCCGGUCAGUUCGCCCCAGCUCCAGUUGGGCUUGGAGUUGGAGUGUCGGACCUGCUUCAGCAGGCUCAGGCGCUCUGCUCCCAGCCUAACAGUUCACCAUGGCCACGAAGGUGGAGAGCAGGCCUGCGGGGCUCCCCGGCAUUGGCUGCGACCUGGGCCCAGCCCGUGAGCACAUGCAGGCAGUCACCCGAAACUACAUCACCCACCCCCGUGUCACCUACAGGACCGUGUGCAGUGUCAAUGGGCCCCUCGUGGUGCUGGACCAGGUCAAGUUUGCCCAAUAUGCUGAGAUCGUCAACUUCACCCUGCCUGAUGGGACUCAGAGGAGUGGGCAAGUGCUUGAGGUGACUGGGACCAAGGCAAUUGUUCAGGUUUUUGAAGGGACCUCUGGGAUUGAUGCCCAAAAGACCACCUGCGAAUUCACAGGGGACAUCCUACGGAUUCCAGUGUCAGAGGACAUGCUGGGUCGAGUUUUCAAUGGUUCCGGCAAACCCAUUGACAAGGGGCCAGUGGUCAUGGCAGAGGACUUCCUGGAUAUCAAUGGCCAGCCCAUCAACCCCUAUGACCGCAUCUACCCCGAGGAAAUGAUCCAGACGGGCAUCUCCCCCAUCGAUGUCAUGAACAGCAUUGCCCGAGGUCAGAAGAUCCCUAUCUUCUCAGCGGCCGGGCUCCCCCACAACGAGAUUGCUGCCCAGAUCUGCCGCCAGGCUGGGCUGGUGAAGAAGCCCAAGGCUGUGCUGGAUUAUCACGAUGACAACUUUGCCAUCGUCUUUGCAGCCAUGGGGGUGAACAUGGAGACAGCCAGGUUCUUCAAGUCCGACUUCGAGCAGAAUGGUACCAUGGGGAAUGUCUGCCUUUUCCUGAACUUGGCCAAUGACCCCACGAUUGAGCGGAUCAUCACCCCGCGCCUGGCACUGACCGCGGCUGAAUUCCUCGCCUACCAGUGUGAGAAGCAUGUGCUGGUCAUACUGACUGACAUGAGUUCCUACGCAGAGGCCUUGCGGGAGGUCUCAGCUGCCAGAGAGGAGGUGCCCGGGCGCCGAGGGUUCCCCGGAUACAUGUACACAGACCUGGCCACCAUCUACGAGCGAGCGGGCCGCGUGUCGGGCCGGGGAGGGUCCAUCACUCAGAUCCCUAUCCUCACUAUGCCCAAUGACGAUAUCACCCACCCCAUCCCAGACCUGACGGGCUUCAUCACAGAGGGACAGAUCUACGUGGACAGACAGCUUCAUAACAGACAGAUCUACCCUCCCAUCAACGUGCUCCCUUCCCUGUCGCGGCUCAUGAAAUCUGCCAUUGGGGAGGGCAUGACCAGAAAGGACCAUGGAGAUGUCUCCAACCAGCUGUAUGCCUGCUAUGCCAUCGGGAAGGACGUGCAGGCCAUGAAGGCCGUGGUGGGGGAGGAGGCGCUCACUUCGGAGGACCUACUUUACCUGGAAUUCCUGCAGAAGUUUGAGAAGAAUUUCAUUAACCAAGGCCCCUACGAGAACCGCUCAGUGUUUGAGUCGCUGGACCUGGGCUGGAAGCUCUUACGCAUCUUCCCCAAGGAGAUGCUGAAGCGCAUCCCGCAGAGUGUGAUCGAUGAGUUCUACUCCCGCGAGGGGGCGUCGCAGGACACCGCGAUUGACACUGUGUUCUAGCACCGCCUGCAGCCUGGCCUGGAAGCGUGGUCCUGGGACCCCUGCCUUCGGCACCCGUCUACGCACCCCUCUCCAUCCUCCAUGGUCCCACACAUCUGAACCUACCACUUCUGCGCCCACCCUCAGCCCCAGCUGGAUAUGGAGGGCCCCCCCGCGCUCCAUUCCUCUCCCUGGGAAAGAACAGAUUGUUAAGCCUGUAUUCUAUGUCUUGUUCUUAUAGGAGCAUUUGUAUUUCUAUUUUAAAAGCUUCCCAAAUAAGAAGUAACUGAGAUGAAGACGUUCAUCUUAUGUGGAAACAAGAUUACAAAACUUUGAUCAUUGUUAAAGCUGGGGGUGAUGGGUACAUGAAGUUCAUUAAACUAUUGUCUCCACUUUAAAAAAAAAGCCACAUUAGUGUCUUAACAGCUGACAAUAGAAUUCCUCUUUGGGAGUUAUUUGUCUUUGUCAAAUAUCUUGAUAAAUUUCUUGGGUGGAACAUGAGCUCAGGGGCCAUGGAAAGGACAAUCGCGGCUAUAAAAGAUGUGUCUGACUCUAACCAGCUCUGAGAGAUGCUAGGGAGGAAUUUGGUAUGCUCCAGAGAGGAAGGGAGGGGAGUUGCUGGGGAGAGAGCCUGGGGACAUGGAGGUGGUGUGAAAGGCUGAGGGAGAAACCCUCCCAGUUAAAAAAUGGGUGAAGAGCAUCCUAAACACCAGGAUACUGGAUGUUGCUUUGAAAGCUACCUGUCCUUCAAUGUCAUCCGUCCUGUCUCCUCUGCCCCAUCUACAAUGAGGCCAUGAAUUCUUCCUAAGAGUCAGGGCUGGUCUAGAGGAUGGAACUUCAACAAAGGGCUGAGUUCCAUUUCUGGGUCAAUGUGUUGUGAAACCAGCCAGAAUUCUUGGAUCAAGUGCUGACACCAAAGAAGGCCCUAAGAAUAAAAGUCCCCAUGACACUUCACAGCCAUUUGGGGGAAAGCUUUUGGGUAUCCACAAGGCAUAGAGUUGUUUUUAUUUAAUAAGUUUUAUUGCUAUAUAACUAACAUACCAUAAAUUUACCUAAUUAUAAUUGUACAACUCAACAACUUUGUAUAUUCAGAGCUGUGCAACCAUCACCACAAUCAAUUUUUAAAACAUUUUCAAAAAGAAACCCUGCACUGUUAGCCAUCACCCCUCAAAUCCCUCGUCUGCCCCUUCCCCAGCCCUGGGCAACCAUUAAUCUACUUUCAAUCUCUAUAG